UCUCAUCAACCACUCUUACCCCAACACAAUACCAAUCCACCACUCAACCAGAACGCGUAUUCUUCUUUACGCGUCCUCUCCACAAUAACAACUCCCACUUCUCCAACUUCACACUUCACUCUAUCAACAUGACUGGACGCGGCAAAGGUGGCAAGGGUCUCGGCAAGGGUGGUGCCAAGCGUCAUCGCAAGAUUCUUCGUGACAACAUCCAGGGUAUAACCAAGCCCGCUAUCCGUCGUCUCGCUCGUCGUGGUGGUGUCAAGCGUAUCUCAGCCAUGAUCUACGAGGAGACCCGUGGUGUUCUCAAGACCUUCCUCGAGGGUGUCAUCCGUGAUGCUGUCACAUACACUGAGCACGCAAAGAGGAAGACUGUCACUUCCCUCGAUGUCGUCUACGCCCUCAAGCGACAAGGCCGUACCCUCUACGGUUUCGGUGGUUAAGCGUCUUGUAUUUAUGUUUUUCGUCAUGACUUUUUGACUUGCCCUUUUUCUUCCACAACGUGGAGGGCUCGUCUGGUGCUGGGUGGGAUCGGUUAGGGCCUCGCCUGUAUCAUAGGCUGCUUCGGAGUUCACGGUUAGGGUCCACCUCAUGGAAUGAUACCAGCAUAAUCCUUCAAAAUUUGCCAUGCAUUGUGUUUGUGACUAUCGUGAUCGCGUGUCGUCUCUGUUUGCUUCAAGUACGAUGGCAAUGGGAAUGAGUGUUGCGUGUUUACUUCCUGGCUUCAUUCUUUGGCGUGGGCGCGAUCUGUCGCGUAUGCGCCUCAGUAUCGGUUUAUUGUGAGGUUUGAUGUUGACUGAAGUUGGCGUGUGUCCGUUUUGGGUUAGUGCAUAUCCCAUCGACAAUACGAUGUUGGGUCGGUACUUAGGUACCUGAGUUACGUG